CAGAGGCAGCUCCCUCCCAAGGCAGGCGAGAGUCCCACACGGAAGUCGAGUCCCCGCUCGCUUCACAUGAGACCUCAGGCGACGGAGCCGGGGAAGGAAACCGCACUCGGCAGCGAACCCCCGGGAGCCUCGCAGCCUGUCCUGCCCGCGGCCCCAGCGGCACCGCCUGCCCGGCAGCUCCUCGCAGGUCUGCCUGGAGGAGCAAAGGGAGAGGGCGGGAAGGAGAAGGGCUCCCCGCGGCACCAUGCAGGAUGAAAUUCUGUUGAAUCCCUGGGUGAAUUCUCAUGCUGAAGACACAGACCCAUCGGUCCCCCUGGAUGACGACAAGUGGGACUUCGUGCUGGUAAGCGGCAUCCACAACGCAGGCAGCGAGAAGGAGAUCAAGAGGAAGAAGUUCCUGGACGAGCUGAGCAAGAAGGGGUUCACCAUCAAGAAAAUUGAGGACAAGAAGCUAUUUUAUGGGGUCCGUGCUCCAAAACAGAUCUUCCAGAAAUACCAGCAUCUCCUGGGGAACGCCGAAGGCCCACUGCAAAACCCCGAAGCCCAUCAUGACAUAGCAGUGACUACCAGGAUACGGAUUGUGAACUUCAUCCUGCAGAACACGGUGACGCCCGACCUCGAGAAGCUGCAUGACCUGAUGAAGAAGAAGGUCUUUGAGGCAAUGUUUCCCCUGCACGAGGUGAGGCUGAGCACACGGGUGCCUGGGAGGAAAAGCCACGAGCGGCGUGGGAGCAAGCCUGGGCGGGGGAGACCUUUGGGUAACUGGGGCUGCAUCAGGACCUCUCUGGAUGAAGGGCACGACAAACCUCCCGACAGCAGCCUGGGGAUCAAGGCUGCCCCAAUAUUCCUGUGUCUGACCAACUUCUCUGCUCUCCAGAAAGAAGAGGUAAGGCAAUUCCUAGAGGAGAAAUGGGCUCGCUGGAGAGAUAUAUUUUGCCAACAGCCGAUUGAAAAGAUCAGGUGCUAUUUUGGUGAGAAGGUGGCCUUGUACUUUGCCUGGCUGGGCUGGUACACCUACCUGCUGGGAUUCGCUGCAGUGGUGGGACUGGUGGUCUUCGUGGCUGGGAUUACUGUUUUCAGUUCCAGCCAGGUGAGCAGGGAGAUCUGUGAAGCCAGUAACACCAUCAUGUGCCCGCUCUGCGACCAGCAUUGCCCAUUCUGGCUGCUCUCCGACACCUGCACCUACGCCAAGGUCACUCACAUGAUCGACAACGAGGGGACAGUCUUGUUUGCCAUGUUCAUGGCGAUCUGGGCCACUGUGUUCCUGGAGCUGUGGAAGAGGCAGAGAGCCGCCGUGGUCACCGACUGGGACCUGUACGGGUGGGACGAGGAUGAGGAGGAGCUGGCCUUGGAGCUGAUCAAUAAUUUGCAGCACGAACCCCGCAAGUACCAGCACUCCUACUUCCGCAGCACCGUCAUACUCCUCUUGGUUCUGGUGAUGAUUGCCGUGCUGAUCGGCAUCGCCCACGCGCUCGUCAUUUACCGGGUGAUAGCGGUGGCUCUCUUCACCCAGAGCGACUUCAGGUUCCUCCGCGAGCAGGCCAACACGAUGGCGGUGAUGACAGGGGCCGUGCUGCACUACAUCACCAUUGUCAUCAUGACCAAGGUCAACAGGCGUGUGGCCCUCUACCUCUGUGACCUGGAGAAACCACGGACCUUCUCCCAGCGUGAGAACAACUUCACCAUGAAGAUCUUCACCUUCCAGUUCUUCACAAACUUCUCCUCGCUCAUCUACAUCGCCUUUUUCCUGGGACGGAUCAACGGCCACCCAGGGAACUACGUGCGUGUUGCUGGCAAGUGGAGGCUGGAGGAGUGCCACCCCAGCGGCUGCAUCACCGACCUCUUCAUCCAGAUGGGCAUCAUUAUGCUGCUCAAGCAGACCAUCAGCAGCGUGAUGGAGUAUCUAGUCCCCUGGGUAGCCCACAAGCUACGCAAGAAGCGGCAGCACCCCAAGAAGAGAAGGAUGAUGUUAGGAGAGGAGGAGGAGGCUGAGGACCCCUGCAAAAGGCAGUGGCUGAGCAACUAUCAACUCAACGAGGUCAACAUCUUCAGCUUGUUUGACGAGUUCCUGGAGAUGGUGAUCCAGUACAGCUUCACCACCAUUUUCGUGGCUGCCUUUCCCCUCGCCCCGCUGCUGGCAUUCUGCAACAACCUCAUUGAGAUCCGCCUGGAUGCCAUCAAGAUGAUGCGGCUGUGCCGGCGCAUGGUGCCCAGGAAGGCCAAUGACAUCGGAAUCUGGCUGCAGGUCCUGGAGGCCAUCGGCAUCCUGGCCGUCAUCGGGAACGGGCUGGUGAUCGCCAUCACGUCCGACUUCAUUCCCAUGCAGGUCUACAAGUACACAUACAGCCCCUGCAUGACAGAAAACAGCACUGGCGUGGACUGCUCGACCGGCUACAUCAACCACAGCCUCUCCAUCUUCCACGUUCAGGACUUCGAGCCAGACACAAAGGUGCCCAAAACGCUGCCGGGCUUUGCUGGGGGCGAGAUCACGAUCACGGAGUGCAGGUACCGGGAUUACAGGAACGACGACGACUACAGCUACACGGUCCAGUUCUGGCACAUCUUCGCAGCCCGGCUUGCCUUCCUCAUCCUCUUUGAGCACGUGGCUCUGUGCAUCAAGCUGAUCGCAGCCUGGUACGUCCCUGAUGUCCCUCAGUCGGUUAAGAAUAAAUUGCUGGAGAGGAAACACAGCAACCUUCGUAAAGAACUGAGCACGACGGUGGACUCCACCGACGUGUAGCCACCGCUGACCGAGGAGAAUACGAAACACGGACUUGAGCCCCCCCCCCCCAGCCUGGCGGUGCCGCGGGUGCGGGACAACCACCGCAGUGCCGCCCGCGGAGACGGGCCACGUCCCCCGGCUCUGACCGAGCUUGAACUGGGAAGCGACACUGUGAGAGUGGCUUCGCAGGAGCAGGAUGGCUUCUGACUCGCACGGCCGUGAGGAGGAAGAAAGCCGUGGCAGAGCCGGGGAUGGUGCCUCCCAGCAUGCCGAGUCACUGGGGAAGCGCUUCGGCACUGUGGAUGAACCACGGCGCAGCACCCAGCUGCCGUCGGGCGAGCACGAGACUGGUCUGCAGGAGGUGACCUGGCUUCCUCAUCAGUCAUGGCCUUAACGUGCAACUUGGUGUCACCAGAAAAGCCAGUUCCCUUGUUCCAGCUCUUUUUUUGCACUUUGGCCCCUUUUUCCUUUGCCUUCAGUGACCUCCCUGCUCUUGCACCACUAAGAAGCUUGAGUCCUUCCUCCUUCACCGCAGCCAGCACAUUCCUCCUCUCGGCACAACUGCCGCGUGGCUGCAGCUCCAUCCCGCAGUUCCCACGGACGCUAGAAAAAUGCAGUUGUUAGCCUGUUUUGCUCCGGGCUCUGCCCAGCCUCUGCAUCUGCCCUAAGCGCGGCUGACAGUUGUGCCUGGCUCAACUACCACGAGCAAAAUGGCGAAUAAACGUAACACCCGCACGGCCGCAAGCGGCCAGACCUCCAGCUGCCGUUGAGGCACUGUAGUCACACCGGUAUCAUUCCUGCCUCCCUCCUGUGCCAUCCACAUCACCCAAAGAAAUCGCACCCCCAACCCUUUUUUUGUCUUAGCAUGGAUAACGGAAGAAGGCCGGAGCUGAAGCCCCUGCGCAUAGCCGGUAGCUAGGGCUGAGGGCGGCUGCUGCCUGGUGAGACACAAGAAGUUAGCACUUUGGCCAUGCACAGUUGGAAAACAACCUGUUAAAUGUGCUGGGAUAACAGAAAUACCAAACUACACAGAAAAUCCUGAGUGUUAGGGCUAGCAAGGAUUAUCUCUCACUCCAAAACACGACCUGCUGGCCUAAACCUAAGCCCCAAGGGCCUGGUAUUUCUCCCCCUCUUCCCUUAGAGCCCUGCAGCACUGGCUGGGGCCGCCCCCUCCUUCCUACGCUGCAGACAGAAGGGGUUUGCCUGCAGCAGGGAGCCAGGGUUACAUCCCACGGCUGCACUGGUGUCACAGCCAACACCACGACGUUUCUAACAUAUGCGCGUUCCCGGCCUCGUUUACUGACGCGAGGCAGGGUUCUUUGUGCUUAAGGAGCAAAGUCUUGGCUCAUCGCUGCCCAGGAAUGAUAACGUGUUUGAGGGCACCUUAUCCAGCCCCCGAACACGUGACUCUUCACUUGGCACGGAGUGCAGAAACAGCCCUUUGAGCCCCACGAGAUUCCCCACACGCGUUAUAUCAGGCCCACGCAGCCUUGCUGAGCUGGGUUUGCAAAUGUACAGCGAAAAAGCUUUUCUCUUAAUUUUUCCUAAUUUCAGCUAAUGAGGAAGGCAGGAGCAUGGGACAGGUAACAGUGGCUUGGCUUCCAGCUUUCUUGUGGUCCUUGUAAACCAUAA